AUGCCCAUCAAUCUCAUUAUGUCAUUCAGCUUCACCCGCCAUGUUCGCGUCAAAUCCUUGAAGCACAGCAUGGAGAAACAGGAAACCCUUGGCUUGGAGAAUUUGGGCCUCGAGAAGUUAGCGGCACCUCGAAAUGCCAGUCGCGCGAACAAAGGAAAAGGUAGACGCGCAGAAGACGAUGCUUCUAUGCAGUCAAAACUUCAACAAGCCUCUGGACAGCAUACUUCAAGCAUCAGCUCCUGGGAUCCGUCCGCGCCUCCAUCGUAUCACCCAUUACCUAUCGCCCCACUCGGCAGCUCUGCAGAUACCCGGAAUUGUUGGUCUUCGCAAAUCUAUCAUCAUGGUUUGGCACAAAAUUAUCCAGCUGUUCCCACAUGUCAUCCUGCGCAAACCUCCGUCUCUCCGCCGGGCCCGCCAAGUGUGUCCAGGUACCAGUCCGGGCAAGGUUUUAAACCCGUCAGUAGACCAUCGAUCGCUCCUAGAGUGACUGCAGUUCCUUUUAAGCAGCCCAGAUUCCUUUCUAGAGGCUCGGAACCUACCGUGCAGAAGUCUACCAUGUCAGUCCUGACGUAUCGUGGUCUCCCAUCCUCCCGUGUUGACAAGCAAUACAGGUACUCAAAAGCCAACCCGCCGCUGCUCACUGCGGCUACUCUCGUCCAGCAUGGAAGAUGGACAGACUCACCACCAGCCAACCUCCGACAAGCUGUAUAUCAACCGAGUAGAUCUUCGCAAUCCACAAAAACUAGAGAUCUCGAAGCUAGCCCGCCCGCUCCUCGCAAAUCCUCGCCUUCCAUUGUUAAUAGCAAGGAUGACCUCAUUCACCUACCGGCUCCGGCCCCCACGUCGGCCUACAUCAAUGAUGCUCAUGUCAUACCCAACCUUCUCUCCUCACCACAACGCCUCCUUCUUGUAUUGGAUUUGAACGGAACUUUGCUCUACCGUUUUCGAGCAUCCCAGAAUUACACACCUCGUCCCUGCCUUCCUGAGUUCCUCGAAUACGCUUUCGCAAAUCAUAGCCUUCUCGUAUGGUCUUCUGCGCAACCAUACAACGUUAAAAGUGUAUGCGCACGAAUUUUCUCUCGAAGCCAGCGUGCAAUACUUUUGGGCGAGUGGGGAAGAGACACGCUUGGGCUGACAUCCGCACAAUACAAAGAGCGCGUCCAGGUCUACAAGCGCCUUGACCGUAUCUGGGGUAAUGAAAAUCUUCAACAUUCUCACCCUGACUUUGAACGUGGUGAGAGAUGGGGCCAACACAAUACCGUGCUGAUCGACGACAGUGCCCUAAAGGCGAGCGCACAGCCUUUCAACCAUGUUGAAGUUCCGGAAUUUGUGCGGGGCGCCAGUGAAAAGGAUGGAGAUGGCCGAGAUGUGCUUGGACAAGUCGUGGGGUAUCUCGAGGAAGCGAGGAAGUGGAGUGAUGUUAGCGGGUUCGUGAGGCACGGGCCCUUCGAACUCGAUCGAUGGCGCUGGGAGUGGCAGAAGAAUAAAGCACAGGAGCGUGAUCAGUGCGGAAGAUGA